AUGGCGAUAAUAAUAAUGGUGAUGGUGAUAAUCGUGAUGAUUGAUGAUGAUAAUGAAGAUGAGGAUGAGGAUGAGGAUGAUGAUGAUGAUGAUGAUGAUGAUGAUGAUGAUGAUGAUGAUGAUGAUGAUGAUGAUGAUGAUGAUGGUGACAGUGAUAGUGAUAAUGGCAAUGAUAAUGACAAUGAUAAUGGCGAUGAGAGUUGA